CAGGAGGCCGGUGUGACGACACCCCGGGCCAGGGCGGAGCAUAAGACCGGGUUCCCGGCUCGCUCUCUGUCACGGUGCAAGCCCCACCCCGCUGCAGAGCCCGGUCCGGAGUCUCCGUUUCCCCUGCCCAGGUGUCUGUGCAGAACGCUGCCGCCGGUCUCCCCAUGGCGAGCUGCUUCCGCGGCCCCCUCCCGGGGCGCCCCUCGCUGCCGCUGUUCCUGCUGCUGCUCCGCGUCUCCCUCGCGCAGGAGAGGGCGGCGGCCACGUCCCUGCUGAGCGGCUAUUUCGGGACCAAGUCCCGGUACGAGGAGGUGAAUCAGCACCUGCUGCAGGACCCGCUCUCCCUGGGGCCCCCGGACCCGGGGUACCUGCUGCCCUCCGCCGCCUGCGCCCCGCUGCAGCUCCGCGCCCUCAUCCGCCACGGCACACGCUUCCCCACCGAGAAGCAGAUCCGCAAGCUGGGCCAGCUGCACCGCCUGCUCCGCAGCCAGGAGCGGCCCUGCCCCGCCGCGCAGCAGUUCGCCCGCUGGGACAUGUGGUACCACCCAGACAUGGACGGGAAGCUGGCGCCCAAGGGCCGCCUCGACAUGGAGCAGCUGGCCCAGCGUCUGGCCGCCCGCUUCCCCGGUCUGUUCUCCCCGCAGCGCCGCUUCGCCUUCGCCAGCAGCUCCAAGCACCGGUGCGUGGAGAGCAGCGCCGCCUUCCGCAAGGGGCUGCAGCUGGCCCUGCACCGGCAGCUCCCGGCCAGAGGUAACGAAGCGAGAAAGGCUGGCCUGGGUGCCCCGGCACACUCGGGGGGGAAUAAAGUGGGGCCCUGGCCUGGGGGCCUUUGGGCCCCAGCACACACUACUGGCUCAGAUAUCGAGAAUGAAGAGACUGAGAUUAAUGACAAAUUAAUGAGGUUCUUUGAUCAUUGUGAGAAGUUUGUAACCUGUGUAGAAGAGAACGCUACAGCUAUGUACGAAGUGGAUGCCUUCAAACAGGGUCCUGAGAUGAAAAGGGUUUUGGAAAAAAUUGCGGCUACCUUGUGUGUACCAGUGCGUGAUUUAAAUGCAGAUUUGGUCCAAGUUGCUUUUUUUACCUGUUCGUUCGAGUUAGCUAUUAAAAAUGUGAAUUCUCCUUGGUGCUCACUCUUCAAUGAAGAGGAUGCUAAGGUACUGGAAUACCUGAAUGACCUAAAGCAGUACUGGAAGAGAGGAUAUGGGUAUGAUAUCAACAGUCGUUCCAGCUGUAUUUUAUUUCAAGAUAUCUUCAAACACUUGGACAAAGCCAUUGCGGAGAGUAAAAGUUCCAUGCCCAUUUCUUCACCUGUAAUCCUGCAAUUUGGACAUGCAGAGACCCUUCAGCCACUGCUUGCUCUAAUGGGUUUCUUCAAGGAUGAGGAGCCCCUUGCUGCUAACAAUUACAAAAAACAAAUGCAUCGGAAGUUUCGUAGUGGUCGCAUUGUGCCUUAUGCCUCAAACCUGAUAUUUGUGCUUUAUCACUGUGACCAAGCUAAGACCCCUGAGGAGGAGUACCAAGUACAGAUACUGUUGAAUGAAAAGCUGCUGCCAUUUCCUCACUCGGAGGAAACUGUCUCUCUGUACACAGAUCUGAAGAACCAUUAUAAGGACAUCCUUCAAAACUGCCACUUCAGUGAAGAAUGUGAAUUAUCAAAAACUAAUAAUACUUCCACUGAUGAACUUUGAGGGAGAAGAAUAGAACAAAUAUCAUGGAAAUUGAUUUCUGGUAUGCAGUUUGGUAUGUGUGGUGAACAAGUGUUUCUCAUCAGUGUUGGUUUUUUAUUUCCUGCUCAUAUAUUCACAUUCUCAUCUUACAUCUCCAAACUAAUAAUAAAUGCUUAUUCCUAUGUCUUAAUUCAGGAAUUUCUUAAAAGUCUAAGUAAUAUUGUCUCUAUUGCAUGAGCACAAUUUUGAAAAUAAUUUCUUUAAUUAACCUGACUAUUGGGAUAAGCAUUUGUUACAAAUAUGAAGAUGCAAGGUAAAGUAUAUUUAUACAUUUAUAUGCAUUAAUAUAUAAUUAUUUAUAUUAUUCCUGGUUUUUGAGCUUGCACAGUAGAUAAGUUUAGAGGACCAGGACACUUUAGCUUACCAGAAUGGCACUUAGUGGGACUGAUGGCAUUUCCCUCUCAUCUGUCUCCCUCGCUCUAUCCUUCCUUCUGUUUCUUAGUGUUUCUCUGAUGUCACAGACAUAAAAUGACCCUCUCCUAUUUGCUUAUUUUUACAGCUAGAUGUUGGCUGCCCUUUCAAGGUUCAAUAAGGAAAGGGUGCAAAGUGCUUUCUCCGCAACCACUGUCUGGGCAGGAGUCAGCCAUGAUUCUAAUUCCUGCACUCUUCUGAGCAUAGCAACUUCCUUGGAUAGUGCCCCCAUGGGUAUUGUCCAACCAAAAAGACGCAGGGGGUUGAAUUUCCAUGGCAUAAAGCCUUCUUCAGCCUAUCUGCCAGAGCUAAUUGGUCACUGAGGGAAGUAUGUCCUGAAUUUUCUGAAGCCAUGCAGUGGCCAUUGCUCUGGAAGAUGUACCAAUCCUCUGCCAGCCUUAUAGGUCUCCUUCAAUUUCAUACUGUUUUUGUUUAACAGUUCAGGUUAAGGCAUACAAAUAUUGCAUGUUUGGCCCCAUUCAGACUGGAUUUCCUCAUCCUCUGACAAGUGGUGGUGAUAUUAUAGUAUAAUAACUAUCAGGCAGAGAUUUUUACUAUUAUUCUGGAGCCAAGUGCUAUCAAUGCUACCCAAAAGCUUGGGCUUUUUUGGGUAUGUCUACUUUGCAGCUGGGAGUGUCCUUCCCUACUCGGGUUGACAGAUGUACGCUAGUUACACUUGAGCUAGUGUGCUAAACAGUGGUGUAGCCAAGAGUAGCUUGGGUGGCAGCUCGGGCUAACCACCUGAGUACUAACCCACUGGACAUCCUGGAUUCAUACACGUUUGGCUAGCCCAAGCUACCACCUGUGCUGCCUUCAGCUACACUGAUGUUUUUUUCCGUGCAGCUCGAGCAGAGCUGACAUGGUCUGUCUACCUGAGCUGGGAAGCACACUCCCAAGUGGAGUGGAGAUGUACCCCCUGCCUAUGUGCCAGCCAAUCCUUGAAACAGGACUUUUAUUCUAAAAGAAUGGACUACUUGUUCCCUGAGUGCAGUAUUGCUAAUUUUUAAAGGAGAUUGUACCUGUAUUGAAGUAGGAUUAUUUGCCUCUGAAAAAUGUAAGAUACUGUAAAGAAAAUUUUAAUGUAAUAAAUGCAGAUAAUUACAAA